AGACAUGGACAGGGCAACAUCUCUCUCCUCGGUUUGGAUCCACACUGAUGAUGGUGGGUGGCGGCGACACACUUAGUUAUUCUUCCCCCGUUUGAACUGCUUUCUGCUAGCCUCCCAAUUCUUUUGUGAUCCUUCUCAAACGCCUCGUGGGGCUGCUGGUUGCUACUCGGUCGCGCGCACGGACGCACGCGGAUCUGCAGAAUCCAUGCUGCUCCUCCUCGAGGGGUCGCGGUGACUGAGAGCCCCCCCACCCCCUCGUCUUUCUCUCCCCCCGGCUCCUCCUGCGCUCGCCCCGGCACCGAUUGUUGACAAAAGACGCUGCGAGAGACGGAGGGAAGGAGGCCUAGACCCCGGUACUGGUGUGGCCGAGGUGAUUCGGUGUUUGUUGGACCUUACAGCAGGCCGGUGUGAAGUGGACCUCCACCCCCAACUCCUCCUCACCCCUCUUCUGCCUAAAAACUGGAAUUUACCGACAAAAUCAAAAGCCAAGAUGGGUCACCCACUGUGAGUGGAAGCGCCAGACCAGCGUUGCUGGAGGAGGCGGCGGCCUUGUGCAGGUCUGAUCAUCCGGGAAUGGUGUGAGCUGAGGCGACCAGGCAGACUGGAUCUGACCGGGGACCCAUCAUUUCCCCGGAGCCUCCGCGGUUCCAAGCCGCGUCCUGAGCCCUCCAAAAUGGGGAAAUGCGACGGCAGAUGCACGCUGCUGGUGAUAUGUUCACUGCAGUUGGUGGCAGCCCUCCAGAGGCAGGUGUUUGAUUUUCUGGGCUACCAAUGGGCUCCCAUUCUGGCCAACUUCCUGCACAUUAUGGCCGUCAUCCUGGGCAUGUUUGGGACUGUGCAGUUUCGCUUCAGAUACCUCAUCUUUUAUGCAGUAUGGCUGGUCCUUUGGGUAGGAUGGAACUCCUUCAUUAUUUGUUUCUACCUGGAGGUUGGAAACCUGUCUCAGGACAGGGACUUCCUCAUGACUUUCAACACAUCCCUCCAUCGUUCGUGGUGGAUGGAGCACGGUCCUGGUUGCCUGGUAACGGCUGUGCUGGACUCUAGGUUGGCCCCUGACGACCACCACGUCAUCACUGUGUCUGGGUGUCUCCUUGACUACCAGUACAUCGAAGUGUUGAGUUCAGCCAUUCAGAUCCUUUUGGCUCUCUUUGGCUUCGUGUACGCCUGCUACGUAAGCAAAGUCUUCCAGGAUGACGAGGACAGCUUCGAUUUCAUCGGUGGGUUUGACUCGUAUGGCUACCAGCCUCCUCAGAAGUCCUCCCAUCUGCAGCUGCAGCCUCUUUACACGGCUGGUUAAGUGUUGGUAGCGCCCCCUCAAGGCCAAAACCUGAUGGUGUCACUGUGGAUGGAAAGCAGCGGCGGUUACACUCACUCUCUGUGUCACAGUUUACCUGAGGAACGGACUUUUAACCCCACCCACAGGGAGAGUUUUUGUGUGUGUGUGUGUGUGUGUGUGUGUGUGUGUGUCUGAUGAAGAGGAGUACAACCCUGAAUAGAAUGUACAGAGCUCAGGGAAGGACCAGCUUGCCAGGUGGUGUGACGAGAUGAAGGACGAAGAGAUACCGAGAGCAGGAGCUGUCAAAUCGCAGAAGAAACAAUUCACUAAACUGCCAGCUCUUAACACUCCCUCUAGUGUGUGUGUGUGUGUGUGUGAUUGUGUAACUCCACAGGACAAGCUGGUGCUUUGUGGUUGCACCCUGGACUCUUACCACUUAGUGCCCCUGUAAUUUUUUUUGUAGGGGUGCUCCUGUGUGUUUGUGUGUGUGUGUGUUCAGGGAGGGGUGGGGGUCACAUGAUAAGAAGAGGCACAGCUCGUACCUGUUGUCGUUUUAGAGUGUGGUGAUGUCAAACUAGAGCAGUCUUACAGUUUCCUGUUCCCAAAGCCAUCUAUCCUUCCUCCCAGGCUGUUAAAACCACUGUUGACAUUUAAGCUUUUUACUGAGGGAACAGAACAGAGCUGGUGAGUUGAAAUGGCAAACUCCUUAAAGGAUAAGAAAGGCAUUAUUUGAUAUUAUUAUUAUUAAUGCCAAUAUUUAAAAAAUCAAAUGAAAAGGCCAUCCAUGUGUUAAGCUAUCUUACAACAAUUUACAGCUUUCCCAGCUUCUUUGUGGCAUUAGUCAAUUUAUUCUGCUUUAUUUUUAAAAUAACCUCCAACAACAGCUGGCCAUCACAGUUUUUAGCAAAGGUCGCUCCAGCAGGAGUAAAUAGCACAUUUGUUGGGACUAUUUUGAGCCGGGGAUAUGGUGCUGUAAUACAUAUUAACAUUGGCAGGCUGGUGUGUGGGACUGAUUCAGAAAAAACCAGAGCCUCGACCAAGAACUAUUAUAGUUUGCAAUUUUACAGAAAAUAAAUUUGAACUGCUGCAAAGUUUAAAGGAAUUCGUCUUUUCCCUGAGCUUGAUAAUUGCUGCUUGGUAGAUUUUGAGUAUCUGGGAGACAAACAGCAGUCAGCAUUAUGUAAUCCUGUGCAACACUGCAUCUGACAGGUUGGACUACACAAGUAAAAGCUGUAUCCUGUAGAAAAUUAUCAAUAAAUUGCUUGCAUAUAAUAAGAUUAAAGUGAAAGAACAACAGGAUACCAUCUCCUUUUCCCUGUAUGUUAAGUUUAAUUCACAAAUCAAAUACUUUGACCAGAACCAGGUUAUUUUGUCUCUAGGAAAAUCACUUCAGCCUCUUGUGCAUAUGUUGAUUAGAGAUGCAGAUGGCUUUGGGAUCAGACAUUAGUGUGUCUGUGGGGGGAGGGAGCAGUGGGGGAUACUGUGCAUGUAAAUACCAGCCAAUGAUUGUUUUGUUGGUUACAUUUAGAAAAGGGUUGCA